AUGGAUAGAGAGUGUUCAGUUCCAUCAUUGAAGAAAAAAUUGUUACAUGAAGAAAGUCUUCUUCUUGAAACAAAACAAGAGACUCGACAAAGAAAGCCUGGAUGGAAAGCCAUGCCUUAUAUUUUAGGAAAUGACACUGGUGAGAGGUUGGCAACAUUUGGAAUGCAAACAAACUUUGUAAUCUAUUUGAUGAAAGUGUAUAACAUGGAUCAAGUUCUUGCUGCAAAUAUUAUGAAUACUUGGAUAGCUGUCUCUAAUAUUGUUCCUCUCAUUGGUGCUUUGGUUGCUGAUGCAUACCUGGGAAAAUUUCGUACAAUUGCUGUUUCUUCCUUUGCCAGUCUUAUGGGAUUGAUGAUACUAAUGCUGACAGCAUGGAUGCCACAGCUUCAUCCAGCACCAUGUUCAAUUGAACAGCAACAAGUUGGUGUAUGUAAUGGCCAUUCAAAUUUCCAGCUAUGGAUCUUAAUUUUUGGUCUAUUCUGGUUAUCAAUUGGCACUGGGGGAGUUAGACCUUGCAGCAUUCCAUUUGCAGUUGACCAAUUUGAUAUGAACACUGUUGAAGGAAGACAAGGAAGUAGCAGUUUCUAUAGUUUGUACUACACAACACAAACAAUAAUCAUGUUGAUAAACCAAACUAUUGUGGUUUACAUUGAGGAUUCUGUUAGUUGGACUCUUGGUUAUGGAAUUUUCACUCUCUUUAUGCUACUUUCAAUUAUAGUUUUCUUUGCUGGUACUAGAGUUUAUGCUUAUGUUCAACCAGAAGGAAGCAUAUUAUCUAGCAUUGCUCAAGUGUUGGUUGCAGCUAGACACAAGAGACACCGCCAUCUUCCCGCGAUGGAGGACACACAAGAAGCUUUUUAUGAUCCUCCAUUGCUGAAUGAUUCAGAAGGAAAAUUGCCUCUUACAAAAGAAUUUAGAUGUUUAAACAAAGCUGCUCUUGUGGUUGAGGAGAACGAGAUAAACAAUGAUGGAUCAAUCAAAGAUCCAUGGAAACUUUGUAGCAUCAAACAAAUAGAAGAACUAAAAUGCAUGCUCAAAAUAAUGCCAAUAUGGGUAACAAGCAUCAUAAUGUUUAUUCCAGUAGGGCAACUAUCAAUAUUUUCCAUCUCACAAGCUUUGAAAAUGGAUAGAAACAUAGAAUUCGUCAACUUUGAAAUCCAUGCAGGCUCAAUAAAUGUAAUUUCAUUAGUAGCAAUAGGUAUAUUCCUACCAUUUUAUGAUCAAGUACUUUCGCCUUUACUCGAGAAAAUCACAAAACAAGAACAAGGACUGACAACCCUUCAAAGAAUCGGUCUCGGACAUGGAUCAGCAAUUUUAUCAGUAGUAAUUGCAGGGUUGGUUGAAAAAAAGAGAAGAGAAUUAGCCAUUUCAAUGGGAGAUCCGGACGGCGUGGCGCCUAUGUCGGUAAUGUGGCUAGCUCCUCAGUUUUUACUAAUAGCAGGUUGUCAUAUAUUUGGAACAGUUGGACACACAGAGUUUUUCAACAAAGAGUCACCAGAUAGCAUGAGAAGUAUAAGCAAUUCAUUGCUAUGUCUGAAUCUUUCGGUUGGUAGUAACCUUAGCACAUUUAUAGUUAACAUUGUGCAUUCUUAUACUGGGAAACAAGGUGAAGAAGAUUGGCUUGAUAGUGAUAUUAAUAAGGGGAGAUUGGAAUACUUUUAUUUCAUCAUUGCUGGAUUGGUUGUGUUGAAUUUCUGCUAUUUCAUAUUCUGUGCGAGAAAAUAUCGUUACAAGUCUACUUUGUUGAAAGGAUGA